GAUCAUCUUGGGUUAUCUGAGCGGGCCCUGCAUCUAACGACAAGUAUUCUUAAGACAGAAGAGAAGACAGUGAGAAGAAGAGAAUGCCACGCAAAGACGGACACUAAGACAGAACUCAAUUUCUAGUCCCCCCACUCCCACACCCUUCCCCAGAGAUGGGAGGUGGGAGGUGAGCAAAUUUGGCUGACAUUCUGCAUUUCAAAGCCUAAAAUCGCAUGAUUGGUCUUUCUGACCUGACCAGCCCAGUCCUGAGUCACCUCAUUAGCAUAAAUUCAAGUGUGGUCAGGGGCCCCCUCUGAAUAACAAAGACACCCUUAUCCCUUUUCAGGGAAAUCCUAAGGACUAAGAGGUGUCUCCCUGGAUGCGGAGGGACAAAGGCCGGCGGAGUUCUCUUACACAGCGAUAAAGAAGAAGGAAAGAGGCCAAGAUCCCUUUGCCAUCCAUUUAACAAAUACUGAUUGAGCAUCUGCUAAGGGCCAGGCACAGCUCAAGGUGCUGGGUAAACAGACGCCCACCGCAGUCCUUCUGGAGCUGGCAUCCCAGUGGGGAUAACUGAUGAGAAGAUAAGUAACUUGCAAUGGUGUAUCAGAGGUUAUAAGUGACAAGGGAGAAAGCAAAGCAGGAAUGAGUGGGAGCUGGGAGGGGUGCAAUUUGUAAAAAAGUGGCCGGGAAGGCUUUACCUUGUGUGUUUGAGCAAAGACCUGAAUGAGAUGGGGUGGGCCAUGUGGGUUUCUAGGGGAAGGGCAUUCCAAGCUGAGGAACAGCCAGUGCAGAGGCCCUGGGGCAGCAGUGUGCCUGCCUCAGGCACAUGGAGGAGGCCAGUGUGACUGGACUGGAGAGGGGCGGGAGUGAGGGCAUACAGGGGACAGGGCCAGAUCCUGUAGGACCAUGUGGGACACAGUGAGGACUUGGACUUUUAAGCUGAGUAUGGCAGGAGCCAGGGGAGGGUUUGGAGAAGAGGAGAAACUUGUUUUGACUUAGGUCUUUAAAGAUUCUGGCUGACGGCACAUGGGGAACAGCCUGUGGUGGGGUGAGGGUUCAACCAAGGUGCUAGGUGAGCAGGUGGCAGUGAUAUUCAAGUGGGAGAUGGUGGCAGGCCCAGGUAAUGGCAGCGUGCAUGGUGAGAAGUAGUCGGAUUCUGGAUGCAUUUGGAUGGUCAGCCAACAAGUUUGCUGACUGACUGGACUGUCAGGGGGCAGUGAGAGCCAGAGAUCACAAGUCCAUUCCAAAGCUUUGGGCUGGAGCACCCAGAGGGAUGGAGCUGCCGCACACCUUCAUGCGGAAGGAGGGAGGGUUUCCCGAGAUAAAGAUGAAGGGUUCAGGAUCCGGCCACAGGCAUGAGGGGUCUCAGUCCGAGAUGACAGUGCUGGCGCCAGCCUGGAGCCCAACUGUGCGUAUACCUGGGGCACAAGGUGGAGGAAAGACCUCCCUGUUCCUGCUCCUGUUGCUGAGCCCCGGCCUCCGCGGGACCCCCGACUGCUCCUUCACCCACAGCCCCAUCUCCUCCACCUUCACAGGCACCAUCCGCAAACUGGCUGACUACCUGCUUAAAGAUUACCCAGUCACUGUGGCCUCCAACCUGCAGGACGAGCCCCAGCCCGCAGCCCCGCUGCCCACAGGACCCAGAGCUGGAGCUGUCUCUCCCCAGGACGAGCUCUGCAGGCCGAUCUGGCACCUUGUCUUGGCCCAGCGCUGGAUGGGACGCCUCAAGACUGUGGCUGGGUCCCAGAUUCAGGACCUACUAGAGGCUGUCAACACCGAGAUACUCUUUGUCACCUUAUGUGCCUUCCAGCAAUCCAAGGGAGGUGGAUCUGGAAGCCCAGUCCCACUGGGGACCCCAUUGCUGGGAAUCACUGCUCUGGGCACACUGCCCCUCCCCAGCUGUCUCCGCUUCGUCCAGACCAACAUCUCCCACCUCCUGCAGGACACCUCGGAGCAGCUGAUGGCCUUGAAGCCCUGGAUCACCCGCAGGAAUUUCUCCCAGUGCCUGGAGCUGCAGUGUCAGCCGGACUCCACCACCCUGCUGCCCCCAAGGAGUCCUGGAGCCUUGGAGGCCACCACCCUGCCGACCCUUCAGGUCCCCCUCCUCCUCCUGUUCCUGCUGCUGCCUGGGGCCCUCCUGCUCUCGGCUGCUGCCUGGUGCCUGCACUGGCGACGGAGGCGGCAGAGGAUGUCCCACCCCGGGGAACAGAGGACGACACUGAGGCCCAGAGGGAGGAGUCACCUGCCACAGGACACACAGCCGGGAUUUGGAGGAAGUCAGCUAGAGACUGGUCCCUUCCUUAGUCCUGCUGUGCCCCUCACUCUCUCCUCUGGAUGGAGGCAAGGCCAGCAACCAGCACCAGCCCCACUUGCCCCCCUCUGUACAAAUCCCUUGUCCUCAGGAAAUUGUAUAUAAAUCACUUUUCUACCAGC